GCGGAAUUCAAUUCAAGUGUGUAGUCAGUUCAGACUCCAUUUAGAGGAACACUGAGGUCUGAAGCAGGACUGACUGAAGUCAGAAGAUGGAGAAAGAGUCUACAGCAUCCAGCCAUCUGUCUAUGAAGAGUGAUCGGUCCAAAAGUCUUCCUCCAGAAUUUAGUGAAGAACCUGGACCCUCAGACAAACAAGAGAGGAAGUGGAGUCCUGUUUCUGUGGAGGAGCAGCCGUCCUGCUGUGCUUUGUGUCAGGACGUCCUGAAGGAUCCAGUCUCUACCAGCUGUGGACACUGGUUCUGUAGACAGUGCAUCACCUCAUACUGGGACCAGUCUGCUUCAUCAGGACACUCCUCCUGUCCCCAGUGUGGACAAAUACCCAGAACAACUGAUGUUGGUCUGCAGGAGGUUUUAGAUGAACAUAAGAUCAGUCUGAGGAGGAGAUGUGAACAUGUGACUGAAGGAACUGAUGUAAGAGGAAGAGGAACCCUCCUCAACAGGAUCUACACUGAGCUCUACAUCACAGAGGGACAGAGAGAAGAGGUUAAUACCCAACAUGAGGUUGAGCAGCUGGAGACAGCUUCCAAGAUGAAGGCCCUCCAUGACACUCCAAUCAGGUGCCACGACAUCUUUAAAGCCUUACCUGACCAACAGAGACACUUCAGAGUGGUUCUGACCUACGGCGUCGCUGGCGUUGGAAAAACCUUCUCAGUGCAGAAGUUCACUCUGGACUGGGCAGAGGGUUUGGAAAACCAAGAUGUCAGUGUGGUGAUUGUGCUUUCGUUCAGGGAGCUGAACUUGAUCAAAGAUGAGCAGUACAGUCUUCUCAGGCUGCUCCAUGUUUUCCAUCCAACAUUACAGAAGGUCACAGCAGAGCAGCUGGCUGCCUGGAAACUUUUGUUCAUCUUUGACGGCCUGGAUGAAAGCAGACUUUCACUGGACUUCAACAAGAGGAAGGUUGUGUCAGAUGUCACACAGAAGGUAUCAGUCAACGUGCUGCUGACAAACCUCAUCAAGGGGAACCUGCUUCCCUCGGCUCUGGUCUGGAUCACUUCCAGACCUGCAGCAGCCAAUCAGAUCCCUCCUACAUGUGUUGACAGGGUAACAGAAGUACGAGGCUUCACUGACGCCCAGAAGGAGGAGUACUUCAGGAGGAGGUUCAGUGAUGAAGAGCUGUCCAGCAGAAUCAUCUCCCACAUCAAGACCUCCAGGAGCCUCCACAUCCUGUGUGGAGUCCCAGUCUUCUGCUGGAUCACUGCUACAGUUCUGGAGCACAUUUUGACUACAGAGCAGAGAGGAGAGCUGCCCAAGACCCUGACUGACAUGUACUCACACUUUGUGGUAGUUCAGACAAAGAGGAAGAAGAACAAGUACCAUGAGGGACAUGAGACGAGUCCACAGGAGCUGACGGAGGCUGACAGGGAAGUUCUUCUUAAGCUGGGGAGGUUGGCAUUUGAACAUCUGGAGGAAGGAAACAUCAUGUUCUACCAAGAAGACCUGGAGCGCUGUGGUCUGGAUGUGACAGAGGCCUCAGUGUACUCAGGAGUUUGUACAGAGAUCUUCAAAAGAGAGAGUGUGAUCUUCCAGAAAUCAGUCUACUGCUUUGUUCAUCUGAGCGUUCAGGAGUUUCUGGCUGCAGUCUACAUGUUCCACUGUUACACCAACAAGAAGACAGAGGUUCUGAAGAACUUCCUGGAGAGAGAGUUCCAGUAUAACACUAAGUCUCUGGAUUACUCGACGGGGAUUUGUCGCGGUGACAGCUUGGAUAGUGAUGAGGUUGUUCUUUAUAAUGAUGUUGUUGCUGAUGAUGAUGAUGAUGAUGAUGAUGAUGAUGAUGAUGAUAGUAAUGAUACCACGGCGCCUCUGAGUGACUUCCUGUGUGGAGCCACGAAGAAAUCCCUGGAGAGUAAAAAUGGUCACCUGGACCUGUUUGUUCGCUUCCUUCAUGGCCUCUCUCUGGAGUCCAACCACAGACUCUUAGGAGGUCUGCUGGGUCAGACAGAGAACAGUCCAGAAAUCAUCCAGAAAACCAUCAAAAACCUGAAGAAGAUGAACACUGAUGAAAUGUCUCCUGACAGAAGCAUCAACAUCUUCCACUGUCUGAUGGAGAUGAACGACCUCUCAGUUCAUCAGGAGAUCCAAGAGUUCCUGAAGUCAGAGAACAGAUCAGAGAAGAAACUCUCUGAGAUCCACUGCUCAGCUCUGGCCUACAUGCUGCAGAUGUCAGAGGAGGUUCUGGAUGAAUUGGACCUGAAUCAGUACAGAACAUUAGGUGGGGGACGACGGAGACUGAUCCCAGCUGUGAGGAACUGCAGAAAGGCUCGAUUAAAUGGAUGUAGACUCUCAGAGACUCACUGUGAAGUUGUGUUCUCAGCUCUGAAGUCCAACCCUUCCUAUCUGACAGAGCUGGACCUGAGCGGAACUGACCUGAAUAAUUCAAGAGUGGAGCAUCUGUCUGCUGGACUGGAGAGUCCAAACUGUAAACUGGAGACUCUGAGGUUGAGGAGCUGCAGGUUGUCAGAGACCAGCUGUGAUUGUCUGGUCUCAGCUCUGAAGUCCAACCCCUCCCAUCUGAAACAUCUGGACCUGGGUGGAAACUUCGACCUGAAUGAUUCGGGAGUGAAGCAGCUGUGUGGUUUUCUGGAGAGUCCAGACUGUAGACUGGAGACUCUGGGGUUGAAUAACUGCAGUUUGUCAGAGAUCAGCUGUGAUUCUCUGGGACCAGCUCUGAAGUAUCACUCUGGCCUUGCCCUCAAUCCUUGA